AUGGAGGUGCAACAAUGGUGGAGGCUGAGAUUCUCCUUCAGGAAUGCAACCAUGAUGGUCUGUUUCUUCAACGUAAUCACUGCAAUCUUCUUGCUUCAUAUUUUUCUCACCUCUGCCUACACCCGCAACAAACUCUCCAACUCCAACUCCAACUCAGUUCAACUCAGUUACAUUAAGGAAUCUGAAGAGAUUCGACUUGCCAUGCUACCAGUGGAGCUGAUAAAAAGAGUGAGGGAGAUUGAGCAGGAAGUAUACACUGAACCAGAAACAGCCCAGAAGAAAGACACAAAGCAGACUGCUGCAGUUGAUCUGUCUAAAAGGUUGAAGGAUUUCCGUUCCUUGAAUGACGCUUCCAGCUUGAAAGCUUUGGAGGAAUGGAGAAAGAGGAAGAUGGAGAGGGCCAGACAAAGAGAAUUGGAGAAAAAUGGAACAACUUCAUCAACUUCCUCUUGA